AUGACGUCUCGAUACUCUUUGUUGACACCCGCCGCUAGUCGGCUCUACCCGCGGAUCGGCAUGCACCCAUCCAUGGUUCCACCACGCAAGUGUGGAGCUAAAGCUUGGCAUGCAGCCUCGAGCAGGGAACAUGCCGGAGACGAGCCACGCAUGUCCGACCGUGCGACCGUGCGCUCUAGAGACCUGUCUACUGGAGCUGAAACACGGAUACAGAUGCAGGGGAGUGGAUCUAUGGACUACAAUGGUCCAGGGAACUAG